GCCGGCUGGGGCUGAGGCACCCACCUUCAGGGCGGACCCUGGAAGCCUGGCUUGGACCCCUGUUGGGCAGCUGUCAGUUGGGUCUGCACCUCCACCCUCACAUCUGCCUGCAUUCUGCCACCACUAAGAGCUCACCAAGGCCAUCAACUUCUAGCCACAAAGCACCAGACAGAAUCCAGCCCAAGGAAAUCCCUGCCCAGACACCCCCCAAACACUACACAAUGCAGGCUGCUGCAUGCCCAAAGCCACCUGAGAAUGGAAGCACCUCCUUCCUCACCACUAUGAGUGCCAACCUCUCCCAGGAAAACAACACCCAGCCCAACACCACCUCCACCGAGCCACUGUCAGCACUCUAUGUGCUCCUGCCAGCUGUGUACUCUGUGAUCUGCGCUGUGGGGCUGACUGGGAAUAUGGCUGUCAUCUAUGUGAUCCUGAGGGCCCCCAAGAUGAAGACGGUGACCAAUGUGUUUGUUCUGAACCUGGCUGUGGCUGAUGGGCUCUUCAUCCUGGUGCUGCCAGCCAACAUCGCAGAGCACCUGCUGCAGCGCUGGCCCUUUGGGGAGCCUCUUUGUAAGCUGGUGCUGGCCAUAGACCACUACAACAUCUUCUCCAGCAUCUACUUCCUGGCUGUGAUGAGUGUGGACCGCUACCUAGUGGUGCUGGCCACUGUGAGGUCCCGCCGUGUGCCCCAGCGCACCCAAAGGGGAGCAAAGGUUGCUAGCUUAUGUGUUUGGCUGGGCGUCACUAUCAUGGUUCUGCCCUUCUUCUCCUUUGCUCGUGUCUACAGUAAUGAGCUGCAGGUGCCCACCUGUGGGCUGAGUUUCCCACGGCCAGAGCGGGCCUGGUUCCAGGCCAGCCGCAUCUACACACUGGUUCUGGGCUUUGCACUGCCUGUGUGCACUAUCUGUGUGCUCUACAUGGACCUCUUACGCCGGCUGAGAGCCAUGAGGCUCCACUCAGGAGCCAAAGCCCUAGGCAAGGCCAAGCGGAAGGUGACCAUCCUGGUCCUCACCGUGCUGGCUGUGUGCCUUCUCUGCUGGACACCCUUCCACCUGGCUUCUGUGGUGGCCCUGACCACAGAUAUGCCCCAGACAUCCCUUGUCAUUGGCAUCUCCUAUACCAUCACCAGCCUCAGCUAUGCCAACUCGUGUCUCAACCCCUUCCUGUAUGCCUUCCUGGAUGACAGCUUCCGCAAGAAUUUCCGCACCGUGUUUCUGUGCCAAGGGGCCUGAGAACCUCCAGC